GACCUUGUGCUCAUCAAGAAUACAGACGUGCAGGCAGCCCGCCUGGGAAACACCAUCCACGCCAUGAUCAUGUAUCGCCGUAAACUGGACCGUGAAGAAAUCAAGCCUGUGAUGGCACUAGGCAUAGUGCCCAUGUGCUCCUAUCAGAUGGAGAGGAUGUUCAACACCACUCGGGUCCCGGGCAAGGAGACAGAUGUGCUGCAGCACCUCUCAGACAGCCGGCACGUGGCUGUCUACCACAAGGGACGCUUCUUCAAGCUGUGGCUGUAUGAGGGCUCCCGUCUGCUCAAGCCUCAGGAUCUGGAGAUGCAGUUCCAGAGGAUCCUGGACGACCCCUCCCCACCUCAGCCUGGGGAGGAGAAGCUGGCAGCCCUCACUGCAGGAGGAAGGGUGGAGUGGGCGCAGGCACGCCAGGCCUUCUUUAGCUCUGGAAAGAACAAGGCUGCCUUGGAGGCCAUCGAGCGUGCCGCUUUCUUUGUGGCCCUGGAUGAGGAGUCCUACCACUAUGACCCCGAAGACGAGGCCAGCCUCAGCCUCUACGGCAAGGCCCUGCUACAUGGCAACUGCUACAACAGGUGGUUUGACAAAUCCUUCACUCUUAUUUCCUUCAAGAAUGGCCAGCUGGGUCUCAAUGCAGAGCAUGCGUGGGCAGAUGCUCCCAUCAUUGGGCACCUCUGGGAGUUUGUCCUGGGCACAGACAGCUUCCACCUGGGCUACACGGAGACUGGGCACUGCCUGGGCAAACCGAACCCUGCGCUCCCACCUCCUAUGCGGCUGCAGUGGGACAUUCCAAAACAGUGCCAGGCGGUCAUCGAGAGUUCCUACCAGGUGGCCAAGGCGCUGGCAGACGAUGUGGAGCUGUACUGCUUCCAGUUCCUGCCCUUUGGCAAAGGCCUCAUCAAGAAGUGCCGGACCAGCCCUGAUGCUUUUGUGCAGAUCGCACUGCAGCUGGCUCACUUCCGGGACAGGGGUAAGUUCUGCCUGACCUAUGAGGCCUCAAUGACCAGAAUGUUCCGGGAGGGACGGACUGAGACUGUGCGUUCCUGUACCAGCGAGUCCACAGCCUUUGUGCAGGCUAUGGUGGAGAGGUCCCACGCGAAAGCAGACCUGCGAGAUCUCUUCCAGAAAGCUGCUAAGAAGCACCAGAAUAUGUACCGCCUGGCCAUGACCGGGGCAGGCAUCGACAGGCACCUCUUCUGCCUUUACUUGGUCUCCAAGUACCUGGGAGUCAGCUCUCCUUUCCUCGCUGAGGUGCUCUCGGAACCCUGGCGUCUCUCCACCAGCCAGAUCCCCCAAUCCCAGAUCCGCAUGUUUGACCCAGAGCAGCACCCCAAUCACCUGGGUGCUGGAGGUGGUUUUGGCCCUGUAGCAGAUGAUGGCUAUGGAGUUUCCUACAUGAUCGCGGGCGAGAACACGAUUUUCUUCCACGUCUCCAGCAAGUUCUCAAGCUCAGAGACGAAUGCCCAGCGCUUUGGAAACCACAUCCGCCAAGCCCUGCUGGACCUCGCUGAUCUUUUCCAAGUGCCCAAGACCAACAGCUGAAGCCCUUAGGUACCUGUGUUUUGUUUGGGAACUAGGAGGCCCUUCCCCUCCCCCAGCUCAGACCACAGAGGUGGCAGGAGAAGGGCUGACGCUGGAAGACUCUUCAUGAGGGACUUGUGUGACCUGCUUUGAAAUGUGUGGCUCUGCUGAGUGACACAGGCUCUGAGAUAGCUGUCCAUGCCCACGUGUUUGCUUGGAAUAAAUUCUUGCUUCAGAACCUUCA